AUGACAUCAAAAACUGAAUUAUCUGCUCCUGAACAUAUUCAAGAAUUAAUACAUAAAUAUCCGGUUGUAAUUUUUUCCAAAUCAUCAUGUCCUUAUUGUCACAAAGCAAAAAAUGUUUUAAAAAAAUAUAAAUUAGAUGAUAAAUAUUAUGUUCUUGAACUUAAUGAAUUAUCAAAUGCAGAUGAAUAUCAAAAUGAAUUAAAAAAAUUAACGGAAGAUCGAACUGUUCCAAGAAUAUUUAUCGGAGGAAAAUGUAUUGGUGAUGAAGAAGAUCUUGAAAAUUUAGAAAAAGAUGGUGAAUUAAAACGGUUAUUAAAAGAACAUAAAGCAAUUGAAGAUAUAUAA